AUGGCAGCCGCGUCCGCAUCAGCCUCUGACGCGCAGACUUCUUAUGAGACCGAGCGAGACAACGAGCCCAGGUUGGGCGUAGAAUUGCUCAAGGAUACGGCAAGAAAGGCCUUGAUCGACACUCUAAAUGCGGUAAAUGGCGCGAAGACACUUGUGCUUGACCCUACUCUUGCGGGGCCUUUGGGACUGGUCACAGAAGUCGCACUUCUGAAGCAUCAUGGUGUAGACAAGAUGUUCUGGCUUGAGCCAGGCCCAUUGACCUCGACGACAACAAACGUCGUGUACCUUUGUCGCCCGCUAAUCAAGUACGUCAAGAUCAUCGCAGAUCAGGUCAAAGCCCACAUUCGAGAGUCGCAAAAGCACAGAUAUACACUCUUCCUUGUACCCCGCAUCUCUACUCUAGUAUCAAGGAUACUUGAGGAAGAGGGCAUUCUUGGCGAUAUUACCAUAUCUUCCUACAACUUGCAGUUCAUUCCGAUUGCGGACGAUGUCAUUUCGCUCGAAAACGAUACCGCGUUCAAGGAGUUAUGGGUGGAUGGCGACGAAACCGUGAUCUAUAACUCUGCGUUAGCACUCAACUCGUUGCAGAAGGUGUACGGUCGCUUCCCUCGCAUAUUAGGAAAGGGAGAUUAUGCUUCGCGGUUGGCAACCCUUCUUACGAAAUCGCUACCUGAUCAACCUUCUCCCUUGUCAGACCCCUCCAUACCUUCUGCACCGUUUGACUCGCUCAUUAUUAUGGACCGCACCGUUGAUAUGAUCACACCGCUUCUGACCCAGCUGACGUAUGAAGGCCUUAUCGACGAGUUUAUUGGUCUCAAGAACUCUCAUGUUGAACUACCAGUUAGCCUCCUCACCCUCCCCGCUGCACCUAACCCUUCGAAUCCCAACGCCACCCCAUCAGGAUCUGCGUCUAUCACUCCACUUAUCAAUGAAAAAACGAAGAAGCACCACCUCUCAACUGCCACUGAUCCGCUAUUGACUGAGCUGCGCGACUUGAAUUUUUCAUCGGUAGGGAAAAGACUCAGCAGAGUGGCACACCGAUUAGAUGAAGACUACAAAGCUCGAUUACAAGCGAAGACUGUUGCGCAGAUUCGCGACUUUGUUGGCAAACUUGGUGGUCUUCAAGGUGAACAUCAGGCGCUGAGACUUCAUACUGGCCUGUCGGAGAUGCUCUCUCUGAAGACACGCGCGGAAUUAUUUAACAAAUCGCUUGAAGUGCAGCAGAAUCUUCUGGCAUCGUAUGAGGUCUCGGCUCAGAUUAAUGCAAUUGAAGAUAUGAUUGCACAAGGUGCAAGCAUGCAGACUAUCGUGCGACUGUUGUGCCUUGCCAGCAUUACUAGUGGUGGAAUCAAGGCCAAAUCCUUGGACGGUGUAAAACGCGAGCUUCUCCAAGCUUACGGAUAUAAUUACCUCCCCCUGCUUCUCUCGUUAGCCGCGCCCCCUCUAGCUAUUCUGCUGCCCAAUCCCCUCCCAAUUUCCGCUGCUCCUGCUGUUGCAGGAAACAAGUACCCCUUCGUAACCUUGCGCAAAUCACUCCGACUUCUUAUUGACGAUAACCCUGAAGCACUGGAGGAGGUUGAAAAUGAUAUCAGUUAUACCUACUCUGGAUACGCGCCUAUCAGUAUCCGGCUAGUACAAUGUGUUGCCCAGAAGAGUGGAGUCAUCAGUAAUCCUGCAGAGAAGAGUAGUGCAGACGACGGGGAUGGCAAGGGCAAAGGGUCUAGCGCCAGAAAACUCCAUGCGCAUCCGAUUGUGGGCUGGAAAGGCUUUGAGGACGUGUUAGGUACGAUUCCGGGAAAGACAUUUGACAUUGUGCAGAAGGUGCCUGCAUCUGCCAACUCCACAGCUUCUUCCGUUGCUUCCUUGAUGCGCCCGCGCGAGCAAACGACCACAACUGCCGUAUUUUUCCUGGGUGGAUGUACGUAUACUGAGAUUGCUGCCCUUCGUUGGGUGAGCCGACAAAACAAAGGUCGUAAAUUCCUCAUCGUGACGACGGGGAUUGUGAGUGGGAAUAGCUUGGUCGAUAGUAUUGCAAGCACUGGGAAGAACCUUUCUACGACCAAGGACGUGAACACCUAUUAA